AUGGAGUGUUGGAAAAAACUAAGGAAAUUAGGGCAAGGGUCUUUCGGCACCGUUUUCCAGGCUUGUAAGGAUUCGUCCUCUUUUUCUUCAUCAUCAAUAAUGGCGGCAGUUAAAUCAGCAGAAUGCACGCUUCGUAACCCUAUUACUUCUCUAAAAGAAGAAGCUAAAUUUCUGGAUAAAUUGAACGGUACGCCUAAUGUCGUUCAGUGUUUCGGAGAAGAUAUCAGCAUAGAAGAUAAUGGAAAAGUGGUACAUAAUCUGCUCCUUGAACUUGCUUUAGGAAGCCUUUAUGAUAUGAUCAAGAUCACGAAAAAAUGCGGAAAACCCAUGACAGAAACCUACGUCGCGUGUUACGCAAGCAUGCUGCUCAAAGGGCUUGUCGCUAUUCAUUCUAAGGGGAUUGUUCAUUGUGAUUUGAAGCCCGGAAACAUUCUACUGUUUCCUGUCCAUGGUACUGAACUCGGCAUACUGAAAAUCGCGGAUUUCGGGAGAGCGAGAUGGGUGUGGGAGGAGGAAGAAGAGCAGGUUGCGGAUGGAACAAGUUACAGCAGGACAACUCUGAAUUACGCCUCGCCGGAAUCGGUGUCUUAUGGCUUACACGGGACUUGUACGGAUAUCUGGUCCUUCGGGUGCAUAGUUGCGGAGAUGCUUACCGGAAAAAGGGUGUGGGAUUCCAGAGAUGAGGAAGAGCUGAUCCAUAUGAUAUUAUAUGAUGGUUUCUAUAGGCCACACGGAUUAUCAGAUAAUGGAGCAGAUUUCUUAUCGAAGUGUCUGGAUAGAGAUCCAGCGCAAAGGUGGUUGGCUUCAGAUUUACUGAAACAUCCUUUCAUCAUCGACAAUUUGAAGAUCAUAUCUGAAACUCCCGGCUACGAUAUGAGUAUCUUGGACCGAAAUAGCAGCACUCAGAAAAAUCCUUUUGGAGAGUGUGGUUGGGUUUCCACAAGGCAUCUGUUCUCUAAAUGGAUGGUGGAGGCUUUACAGAAACAAGAACGCGACCGAAAGCGGCAGAAACGGCGAGAGCUCCGGUUCCAACCUUAUACGGCGCAACAGAGUCGCCAAGCUUUUCAAUUCCUUGUGGAGCAGCAUCAGGGUAUAACCUUGUGCAACACAUUCCUUGUCCGGGAGCCAAAGCAUGGAAGUAAUUUCCAUCAAGUGUGA